AGCGUCAAGACUUCCUCUCCUCCUCCUUCAGAUAACAAAUCAAUCACCUUGCAGAAUGCCCAAAGACAAUUCAUCAAAGACGAAAAAACCGUUGAGAAGAAUCUUGAUUCCCGUCGAUGGACCUAUCGAAUCGAAACACGCAUUACUCUGGUAUGUCGACAACAUGAAACAUGAUGGUGAUCUACUCCUCUUCGUUCGUGUCAUUGAUCCUAUCCUCCCAUCAGCUCUAUCUGCAUUGUCCGUUGAAUGUGAGUCGAUGCCAGCUGGUUCAUCAUUCUACAUCCCUGACAGUGAUAUGCGUAGUGCGAAAUCUCUUUGUCAACAACUUGUACAAGAAGCCAGUAAGUAUGGGAUAAAAUCUGAGGCGUUUGUUCAAGUCGAUACAAAACCUGGUGCAGCGCUAGUCAAAUUCAUCUCCGAGAUGGAAAUCAAUGUAGUGGUAAUGCCACAUCGUGGAUUUGGAUUUUGGCGACGUAAUUUCAUGGGUAGUGUUAGUUCAUAUAUCCUGCAUCAUUCACAUGUGCCUGUGUCGGUUGUACCGCCGAUGAACCACCAUUAAUCAGGCAGCAGCAGUUGAACACGUAUCACAUCAGUCACUACUAUAUUGAAUAAUGUUGUGAUGUAAUUGGUGAGUUGUUUAUCGAUGAGAUGUGAUCAACUGUCAGUGCAGUGCAACAUUCCAAUGAACAAUUUUCAACUGCUCACACUAUAUGCGUAUAAAUAUUGGCCAUUACAAAGCUUUUCCAAUUUUCUCUCUUGAGAACAGCUGACCUAUUGUAUUUACUUAUCUAUUCACUUGUCCAUUUGUAUUUGAUAUAUUGAUUUCACUUUAUUAUUUGAUAUAUUAUUCGAGAAUAAAUUUAUUCCCU